CCAGAGAGAAAGGGAAAGAGGGCUAAGACAGCCAGAGAAUCAGUGUGUGAAAGAGCAACACAAGCUGCCUGCAAAGGGAGCUUUUUGAUAAAUACCUAUUACAGGUUAGACCAGUUCAGCCAGAGAGGAAGAGGGGGGCCACGGGAGCCCGACUGGGCAACCGAUCCCCAGCUGACUGUGGGAGUCGAAAGAAAGUGAGCUGAGCUCCUGCAGCGAGUCGCUGGCAUGGCGGGAGACGAAGAGAAUUAUUAUGGCAAACACGGGACGCCACAGAAAUAUGACCCAACAUUCAAAGGUCCCAUUCAUGACAGGAGCUGCACUGACAUCAUCUGCUGUAUCCUCCUCGUCGUUGCCAUUGUUGGCUAUGUCAUUGUGGGAAUCGUAGCAUGGACACACGGUGACCCCAGGAAGGUGAUUUACCCCACAGACAGUCGCGGGCAGUUCUGUGGCCAGCUGGGAACUCCCAAUGAGAACAAGCCUUUCCUGUUUUACUUCAACAUCAUCAAGUGCGCCAGCCCCUUGGUGCUGCUGGAGUUCCAGUGUCCGACCAAACAGAUCUGUGUGAAUAAGUGCCCAGACCAGUAUCUCACGUACCAGAAUGCCAGGAGAAAAACCAAAGACUUUGAGUACUACAAGCAGUUCUGCGUCCCAGGGUUUAACAAUCCGCAGAAGAGCCUCCCAAAAGUGCUGCAGGAUGGAGACUGUCCGUCCAUGAUCACUCCCAGCAAACCCUUGGCGCGCAGGUGUUUACCAGCAAUCAACACCAAGAAAGGGGUCAUCAUGGUUGGGAAUGACACAACCUUUGAAGAUGGAAUGGGAAAACGAAGGAACGUGACAGAGCUGGUGGAGGGGGCCAAAAAAGCAAAUGUGGUUCUGGAAGCAAGACAACUGGCCAUGAAGAUCUUUGAAGAUUACACAGUUUCCUGGUACUGGAUAAUAAUAGGUCUCGUGAUUGCCAUGGUGUUCAGCUUAAUCUUCGUUGUCCUGCUUCGCUUCCUUGCUGCGAUCAUGAUCUGGGUGAUGAUUGUGCUGGUAAUCUUGGUGCUGGGAUACGGAAUCAUCCACUGUUACAUGGAAUAUGCCCGACUAAAAGGAGAAGACGGCUCUGAUGUUUCCCUGAAGGACCUGGGAUUCCAGACGGAUCUUCGUGUCUAUCUCCACCUGAAGCAAACGUGGUUGGCCUUCAUGAUUAUCCUGUGCAUCAUGGAGGUGAUCAUCAUCCUGUUACUCAUCUUCCUCCGCAAGAGGAUCCUCAUUGCCAUUGCGCUCAUCAAGGAAGCCAGCAGGGCUAUUGGGUAUAUCAUGACGUCGCUGGUGUUUCCUCUGUGCACCUUCUUCCUGGUGUGUCUCUGCAUUGCUUACUGGGCCAGCACCGCUGUUUUCUUAUCUACUUCUAAUGAGGCUGUCUACAAGGUGUUUAACGGAACGUCUGAAUGUGCUUAUGCUGGGCAGACCUGCAUACCAGAGACAUUCAAUAUGACCAACAUCACCAAAAAGUGCCCAGAUGCCCGCUGCCUCUUCACAUUCUAUGGGGGCGUGACGGCCUACCACAAAUACCUCAUCGUCUUCCAGAUCUAUAAUGCCUUUAUGUUCUUCUGGCUGGCCAACUUUGUGAUUGCGCUGGGCCAGGUCACGCUAGCCGGAGCCUUUGCUUCCUACUAUUGGGCCUUCAAGAAACCUGAUGACAUGCCGGCUUUCCCCCUCUUCUCUUCCUUCGGCCGGGCACUCAGGUAUCACACUGGCUCGAUGGCCUUUGGGUCUCUGAUUCUUGCCAUUGUCCAGAUCAUCAGGGUCCUUCUGGAGUACCUGGAUCACAGGCUGAAAGCUGCUGAGAAUAAGUUUGCCAAGUUCCUGCUGACCUGUCUCAAAUGCUGCUUCUGGUGCCUGGAAAAAUUUAUCAAGUUCCUGAACAGGAACGCAUACAUCAUGAUUGCCAUCUAUGGCACCAACUUCUGCACUUCAGCCAAGAAUGCAUUUUUCCUGCUCAUGAGAAACAUUAUCAGGGUGACUGUUUUAGAUAAAGUCACAGAUUUUCUGCUCUUCCUUGGUAAACUCCUCAUCGUGGGAAGUGUUGGAAUCAUCGCCUUUUUCUUCUUCACUCAGCGGAUAGAUGUGGUUCGGGACACUGCACCUCCUCUCAAUUACUAUUGGGUCCCUAUCCUGACUGUGAUCAUAGGCUCCUAUCUCAUUGCACAUGGAUUCUUCAGCGUCUAUGCCAUGUGUGUGGACACCCUCUUCCUCUGCUUCUGUGAAGACCUGGAGAGGAAUGAUGGAUCUCCUGAGCGACCUUACUACAUGUCCCCAGAGCUGAGUGAAAUCCUGCUGAAGGGGAGCCUAGAAUCAUCCAAAAGUGCUGAUAGCCAAGGAUAGGGCUCAACUUUCUGAGCAGGAUGGGCUAGCGCAUUGGAAGACCUGGAACGUAAUGAUGGUUCAUCUGAAAAGCCUUACUUCAUGUCGUCUGACCUGAAAAAACUUCUGAACAAGACAAACAGAGGUCACCCGAAUGCAUAGCAACCUCCUCUUUCCUCACUGCUCUCUUCACUUCUAUUUGUCCCUUCCCAGUUUUCAUUUCAGGAGCAAAGCUGCAUGGAUAACAUACAGCAUUAAGUGCUAUUAGUCCAAUAUGCAAACCUUGUUAGUACUUUGUGAACUGCAGUAUCCUUUACUCAAAUUAAGAUGGACGGCUUUGGCUGUCAGCCUCUGCAUUGGCCACAAGCUUGUCCACAGCAGUGGAAAUUGUUUCUGGAGAGCAUUUUGCUGGAUUUUCCUUCCUCAGAUAGAGAGAAGGGAUUAGUGUCAAUAGUUCUACAUAAGAUUGUUAGGCAUUGUUAAGUAAAAACUGAGCCCACUGCCCUAGUGGACAGGUAUGCACUACUGCAGAACCCAGCACUACUGGGACUCUGUUGGUCUCAGGAGAGAGAUGAAGAAAUAAUUGGUCAGUUUACAGCUGAGGCCCACUGAUGUAAGGUUAACUUGCCCUGCCUUUGUCCAUCUCCAUCUAUGCCAGAGACUGAAUUCAGUCUACAGGUGUGAAGCCAGCACCAAUCACAGAUUCACAGACACGAAAGGAAUUUUAAAAUAAAACUACUAAAUCUGUCACACCAGUAAAGCUAUAUCAUUACCUCCUCCAUUAACUUGCUAGAACAUCACUAACAUACUUGACUGCACUCAGAUACUACCAUGUUGGACACAUUAAAUACCUUAAUUGAUUGAGGAAUGCACCUACUAAUGCCUUGUCUUCAUGGAUGAUGGCAGGGACAGAAGAGAAACCUGCAGUGUUAAGCAAGCUGUAGAACUUGAACAGCAGAGGAAAUGCAAAAUACUCGGAUAAGCACUUGGUAGGGAGCAUGCGUGUCUGGAUAGUCAUUAGUAUUACUGAUGAAAGCUCUAUGUAUUUGUUUUGUCUCUUCAGUGAGAUUGACAGCCCAGGAGUGUGCUGCUUCUGUACCUUUAACUUGUUUGGUUUAUUGGAAAAAUCCAGCAUUAUAUGCAAAAACACAUUUGAAUGCAUGGGAAAGAAAGGAUGGUCACUGUUGCUUUAUAUAUGUGUGUGUGUGUGUGUAUAUAUAUAUAUAUAUAUAUAAUAUGUAAAGAGCUGGCUUAUGUAAAAGUAUUGUUAACUGGGGUGAAAGAAGCCAAAGGGUCAAACAAACUUGCGUUGCAGUUCUGAAAGCCACUGUAUUCUGUGAACUCUACCAUCUGAUGGGUGCACCUGCUGGGAAGCUCCAGUCAAGGGCAGCUUCCACCUAGAGAAACACCAGCAAUAUGUGUGAGAGAAAAAGUGAGACUGGAAUGCCACUGAACAUUAGAAAGCCCAGUGUUGCAAAUUAAGUUAUCAGUCAUGUUAAGAAUCACUGUAGUUUCCUUUAAAUGGUCAUCUCUCUGACUGUGUCCAAUGUUGGCAAAACUGGUAAUGUACCACAGGUGCAACUCUGCCUCUGAUAGCAACAGUAGAAGCCGCAGAGUAGACAGGACUCAGUUUUUUACCAGUGAUCAGGGUUGGCCAGGAUGGUGGGGAAAAAGGACAGGUGUUGGGCUACAUUACAGCAUCCACCGUUGCUACUGCUAGUUGUGAAUUACAGGUUCUAUUUUCACUAGUGUAGAUGGAGCCUUCUUGGGGAUAGGAAAGCUGGUCAACCUCAUGACUUUAUUAUUUUUAAUCUGCUUAAAUAAAUUGAAAUGGGGCUAUUUGGAUGGUUUACAGCUUCCAAACGAUGCAGGAACACAGAGGUGCAAAGAGGCAUUGUGAGGUUAUCUGGACACUUUAUUUUUUAAACAAAAAGGAACUCUUUAUUUCAUUAUUUUAAUUUGGCCAGUUACUUGUAACAUUUAAUUUGUGCUAAAGGUUAUAUUUUACUUUUUUUAUACCUAUUUCUAGUAACUUUUUGAUCCUGUAGUAUUUUUUGUAAGACAUGAGAAUUGUUUUAUAUCUAAAAUAUUAAAGGGUUUUUUGGUUUUGUACAUUUUUGUUUUUAUUAGUUGUACCCAUGAGCUCCAGUACUGUUAUUGGUCAAUAUUGCUUCUUCCGUUCAACAGAGAACUUAGAUACUGGUAUAGCCCCUUAGCCAUAAAGUCACACCAGCCUGAAGCACAGCUUAGAUCUCAUUACAGUAGUAAAUUUGUGAUAUAUAUAUAAACUUUUGUUAGUUUUCUUUCUCUCCAAUGGAUGAUCAGUUUUGCACAUUUGAAAGGUUGGUAGUUUAUAAUGAAAACCAGUUACCUUGGACAUUUUGCUUUAGUUUUAAAUAAGCAAAUAAAAAUGACCAAGUUGUUGAGUUUGCAGAGGCAGCUCUAGCUACUCUUCUAAACCACUCUGCAAUGGAAAAGACUCACAUGCUGUUGCCAAGUUGCUAUUUAUUUAAUACUUAGAACUUUACAAGUUCAAAGCACUUGUCAAACGCAUUAAUCCUCCCAAAGUCCUGUUAGGCAGGUAUUAUCCCCACUUUACCAUUGCAGAAACUGUGGCAGAUAUGUGCUCUGACCUUGCCCAAAGCUUCCACUGGGAGUUGGUAUCAGAACUUUGGAUUGGAACUUAGGAGUUUCUUAUUCCUAGAACUGUCCUUUGGACCACUGGGUCUCAGAGGCAUUAGGGUCUACAUUAGGAAGCUGAUCUGUUGCUGACAAUAGCAGGGGGUAACCAGUCCCCUUGAACUGGUGUGGGAAAAGCUCUGCUAGUGUAGAUAGGACCAAUUACUCUUCAACACUGUUAUAAGAAAAUAUGACAGACUUGCCAGAUCACUGACCAAAAAAAAAACCACCCCCAAAACAAACCUUACCAAAACACUGUACUGCAUACUCUGUUCUCCCUUUGCAGAAAGGAUGAGAGCAAUAAGUAAUAUCUGUCACAUGUGAUUUGUUCUCUCACUUAACUCACUACUGGAAGGUGCUCAGAUGCCACAGGUGCAGUAUAAGAACCUAUACAGAACUGAGGGGAAGAAAAAAAAAAAAAAAACCCACCUGAGCAGGAGUUGCCCCCGUCAAUGACUCACUGGCUAAACCUCUUUGAAACUACAGCCUGUUACAUAGAUAAUUUGUGUGCUGUGGAGUCAAGUCUCCGAACCUGGCAUCAUCUACCUGUCUCCUACAGCUUGGCCUUGCCUGACAGCUAGUAAUCCCUUCAAUAGGGCUAUAUAUACCCAAAAUGUCCACAGAAGCUACAUUAAAGGAUUUCUCACUCUACCCUUACAUAAACUCCUGGUGACUCCUUUAGAAUCCCCUUCCCAUUUUAAAAUAUAACCCCGUGUGAACUUCAUAUGUCCUGUUACACAUCAUAUAUUUACAGUGCCACUUUUUUUAACUAAUCAUAAAGGUAGGGUGACAAACUGCAAUUCUAGGAAAUAAAAGGCAAUUGCUCCUUAAAAACCAGCUUUUCCCCUACUUCAUCCCCAAUGUUUUAUUCAUGGCACAAAAUCCUAGACUUAUAGCGCAUGAUCUUUACCUGAAAACAGACUAUCUGAUCAAAUGUUGCUUACCGGAGAUGGGCUGUGAGACAGUAAGCACCAGAUACAGGAUGUUCAAAAGGCCAGGAUGGAUGGUCACCUAGGUAAGGGGACAGGAAUGGUUAUAGAAACUAAAGUACAGAUUAGAAUUACUGGCAUCUAAUGGAAAAUGUUCGCAAAAUGUUUUGCGCAAGAUUAUUCUGCUCGUCUAUUGCUCUUUUUUUCUCUCUUCCAUGGUCUUUUGUUUUGUUUUGCAUGAGGACAGGCUCUGUGGGUGGUCUAUUUCUGCUGCUUGUUUCUCCAGCUCAACUGCUAAUUAUUUUUUUAAUAGAAUCAUUUUGGUUGCUGUAGAAAUAAAGUUCUAAAAUAGCAGGUACCCAGGAGGACCAACAGCAAAGGCGAUUUCAGGGUCUUUCUGUUCUUAGGAUAUUUUUCUCAUAAGAUGGCUCAUUUUAAGUCAUUAUGGAAAGAUUUGUAAUUUCAGGCAUACAAGAGUUGAUGAGGAAGCAUAGUUCCAGCAGAAACCAUUGCUUUGGCUUAGGAUGUAUUCUGCAGACUCAGUUGUGGUCUAAGAAACUAUGAAAUUUAAGGAACAGGAUGGGAAGGAAGUCCCAGUUCAAUCUGAUUUCCAUUAGGGAAUUUAAUACCAGAAAGCAGCCCUCUCUCUGCCUUCAUAGUCUUGAUAUAAUUGUAACGUAGCCUCUUCCCCCUUUUUAAAGAUGACAACUCCACCUACACUAUACUAUAAUGAACAUGCUUCUUUAUUCAUCCUGCUGAAGUAGAUAAACAUUGCAGGGGUCCUGCCUUCUGCAGCAAAGGGACAUAUCUUUUAUUAAGGAGCUGUUCAGAAUAUUAAUGUUGUCAUCGAAUCACUCCGACUGGAAAGACAGUCUAGUUCAUUUACACAUGCACACUGUGUGGCAGGAUGCUAAAAUAAACUCCAGUGAUUGAUCGUUAUGCUGUGACUUGGUGAUUCUCACUAUCUCCUUAUGGAAGCCUGUUUCUGUUACUCAAUUGACUGUGAUUAGAAGCUUUUUUCCUGACGUACCUAAGCUGCAUCAUAAAGCCAUAACUGCUCAUCUUACCUUUAAGAACAACUGUCCCUGACUGCCUUUAAAAUAUCCCUUUAUAUCUCUGUAAACCACUCAUGUUCCACUUUCUUCCCUGGAUCCUUCAGGACUGAUCCUGCAAUGGUAUUUUGCCUGUACAAAGACUGCAGGAUUGGCCUCUCUGUUGUUGUGAUAACUGUCCCUUCCUGUGAUUUCCCAAAGAUGCUCACUCUAUGCAGGGGGGCCUUUUAUGCAAAAUAAAAUAAAAACCAACAACCUUGAGUGGGGAUGUAUGUGUAUAUUUCCAAUAUAUAUGUGAUAUUCCAUUAUAUCGAUGUCAGCAUUCCAACCACAAAUAAAGUGCCUACUUGGACUCGA